GGAUAUCUUUUAGCUCUCUUGCUAGCGCACCGGUUCCAACGUGAGAGUUUUCCUCGUCAAAACCAGGCAGAAACGACUUGACAGCGAAAAUAUAGACACCACAGAGGACUCGAGACCAGGGAUGGCAAAUCAAGCUGAAGAACCGAUGAUGGUAGACGGGCGUGUGGACAGCCCAGGGGGCAGCUGGCCUGACAGGUGGAAUCACGUCAAGAAGCUGCUGGAAAGAGCCGGGCCAUUCGCACAUCCCGACUUCGAACCUAGUCCUGAGACUAUCCAGUUCAUGCUGGAGGUGUGUAAGAUUCUCUGCAUUGGAGCAGGAGGGCUGGGCUGUGAGCUGCUGAAAGACCUGGCCCUGAUGGGUUUCCGUAACAUCCAUGUGAUUGACAUGGACAAGAUCGACGUCUCCAACCUCAACAGACAGUUCCUCUUCAGACCGAAGGAUGUUGGGAAGCCCAAGGCUGAGACUGCAGCAGAGUUUGUCAACACCAGAGUCCCGGGAUGCAGAGUUACACCACACUAUGCAAAAAUUCAAGAUUUUGAUGGAGAAUUCUACAGACAAUUCCAUAUCAUAGUGUGCGGGUUGGACUCGAUUCUAGCACGGCGAUGGAUGAAUGGAAUGGUGUUAAGCCUGAUAAACUAUGAGGAGGACGGCUCUGUGGACCAGUCGUCCAUCAUCCCCCUUAUAGACGGGGGCACAGAGGGCUUCAAGGGAAACGCUCGAGUCAUCCUGCCUGGCAUCACCGCAUGUAUGGACUGUACACUGGAGCUGUACCCUCCACAGGUGACCUACCCCAUGUGUACCAUAGCCCACACACCUCGCCUGCCUGAACACUGUAUAGAGUGGGUCAGGAUACUCCUGUGGCCACAGGAGAAACCGUUUGGAGAGGAGGUUGGGAUAGAUGGAGAUGAUCCUGCGCACAUCAAGUGGAUCUAUGACCGAGCGUUGGAACGGGCAGAAAAGUAUGGAAUAUCUGGGGUCACCUACAGACUUACACAAGGAGUUGUGAAGCACAUCAUCCCAGCAGUGGCUUCAACGAAUGCCGUCAUUGCAGCUGCCUGUGCCACUGAAGUCUUCAAAAUUGCAACAAGUUGCUGCACUCCUCUGAACAACUACAUGGUUUUCAAUGACACAGAGGGCCUGUACACUUAUACAUUUGAGGCAGAAAAAAAGGACGACUGUCUUGCCUGUAGCCAGGUCCCCCAGAAGUUCACCUUUGCCCCCUCAGACAAGCUGAAGGACGUCAUCCAGUACCUGUGUGACAGCGCAGCAACGCAGAUGAAGGCGCCGGGAGUCACCGCGAUUGUUGACGGGAGGAACAAGACACUGUACAUGCAGGCGGUCGAGUCAAUAGAGAAGAGGACGCGCGAUAACUUAACCAAAACGUUAGGAGAGCUGGGUCUUGUAGACGGACAGGAACUUGUCGUAGCUGACAGUACCACGCCCCAGUCUGUCAUCUUCAAGCUUCACUUCUCCCAGUAGACAAGUACACAUACAGCUCAAGCCAUAUUUG